CUUCAUCAUCGGUCCACGACUCGACACUUGCACACCUAUACAUAUCAUAGAGACAAGAACAAGUCAUCCAACUCAACAUCAAUCAUGCUCUCACGUAGCUGGUCGAUACACCAGCUCACCCUCUGCGUGUUCGUUUCACUCGCGGUGGCUCAUUCGGACCAUUCGUUCGACCUGAAUGACGAGAAUGAUGCGGGAAUGCCAUAUGCUGAGCGGCAUAUGCACACGGAACAUCAUAUUGACUCAUUCGACCUCGAAUCAUUCUUCAAAAUUCACGAUCUGGACUUGAACAACGUAUGGGACAGAGCCGAGAUUGAAGCUGUCUACGGGCUCCACCAUCAUUCCGUCAUACCGAAGCAAGGCAAGCACGGUCAUGCCGAUCAUGCGUCUGAGGGCGAAAGCAAAAGUCAAGCUCUGGGUGAAAGGGCAGGACCUAUCGUCGAUGAGGUAUUGAGGAAACUGGACAAGAAUGGGGAUGGCAAAAUCUCGCUUCAGGAAUUCAUGGAUGGUGGACCGGAUGGAUUGCCCAGUUUCGAAGGAUACAAGGAUCUAGGGCACCACUACGACGAAGAGUCCGAAUACUUCCUGCAUCAUGAAGAGCUAUACCACAGCACUCCCGAGACACAGACAGACGAGUCGUACACUCAUCCAGAGGAUAUCGAACAUUUCAGACACCACGCACACAUCGAGGCUGAAGAAGAUGCUCGCGAACGCAAAUUUGCAGGUCUCGACGCCGAUGCUGACCUGUCUCAAGAUCACCCAGUUGUCGAUCCAUUAGAUCAACAUGAUCGAGAUGGGCAACAAAAAGUAUACAAAGUUCCCACCGAGGACAUGGAGGAUGGUCAACCGAUGCGAUUACAUCGUGAGGCAAAGGACGCUGGACCUCAGCGACUGGGAGCAGACGGCGCAGGUGAUGCGACUCAACGAUGGGAACGGAUGAAGAAUGUCGUCAAGGGUGAUAGGAGACAUGGUGGAGAUGAUCGAACGAGGGCCAGCGGACCGUAUAAAUCAAAGUUCCGUAAAGGUCUACGCGCAGACGAAUUUUGACGACUAUGCGUUGUCUCACCGUAGAAACUGUAUAGCUUUAUCGCCAUGCACACUGUAUCGAGCAGAGCAUU